AUGAGCCUCACAUCUCACCCAGUCGCCAGGGCUGUCAAAGCAGCGGAAGACUCACCACAAACAAAUGAGAAUGUUAUUGUAGCAGGUUUCCCACCAAUCAUUCUCCAGACGGCCUCGAAUUCAGAUACGCAGUUCUCGGAAAAUGAGCUCCAAGAAGAUGAAGACCCACUUGAUGGCAUUUUCACCUCAACCACGCUUGAAGAUCUCGUUCGAUCUGACUUGCACGAAGAUGCUCGAGCAGACUCGCUCUUCAAAGAACACAGAGAGGCUCUUAUGAGCAGCGCAAAAAAUUCCCAGAGAUCAAGACGACAUGGAAAUUUCCAACUCAGAAUCGACAAUCCCGCGAGUGCAUUUUCGCAAUCGGAUCUGAGCAAACAUGAUACGAAUCUAUCGACACUGGAGGUGCCCAGCAAGGCAUUGAUCGUAUCGCUAUGGAGAGCGUACAAGAAAGCGGACCUCCAGAAGGCUGGCAGCGAGGAAAGUUCGAAUGUGAGCUUUAGCCCGGAGCUGCAAGCAGACUCCAGCAACGACUUGGCCGUUCAUCAAAGAUUGGUCCAAGGCAGUCUUCACUCACUUGGAUUAAAGGGAAGCGAGGGGAAAGGGCUUGAUCUUCCAAUGCAUCAAAUACAACCUCAUUGCCCUGGAACCGGAAUCGGUAGCUCUCAACCGCAGCUUCCACCAAGCAACCCAGCUGAUCUCAUCUACCUCCUGGUAUGCUAUAACAAGGGCAAAUACGAAGAAAGGCUACUACAGCUAGACCUGACCAAACUUGACAACGGCACAGACAAAGCACUUUCAUUCAUCGUACGCAAGAGCUACUACAAACUCAAACGCCGAGUCACUCGCAUUUCUCCACUCAGAUGUCUCCAAGGCAUCCAAUCCGUCCAAUUCGAGAUGUACAAAAGCGAGCUCAUCGAACUCAAGAGCCGGAACGUAUACAAAUAUACACCCCCCGAGACGAUACCGCCCAUCGGCACCAACUACCUAAUGCACGUCUUCCAACACCCGGACUGUGCCGAGGAAGAGCCCUUGUGUCUCUCCAGGUUUUGCAAGGGUGGGAUCAAGCCUGGCUGGGGCUUACAAUUAAUCGAGGGUUGGGAUGCCAGGAAGCUGUGGCUGCUCGGAUUUCUGCUCUUCGGAUUGGGGAGCCUGACGGUUGGGGUCCUGUGGACUGUGAAAAGCCAUAGUAUUCAGGAUGCUUUUUCGAUUGCGAGUUACAUGCUUGCGUUUGGGGCUAUGACUGUGGGUACCGUGCAGGCAUUUUUGGCCGUGUGA